UUGUAGUGUCAAGAAUGAAAAUAAAAGCUCCUCCGUUACUCAUGCGUUCACUGUGCUACCUCAGGUGUCUUGGACACAGGCGCUGCGAACAAUAGUGAAGAACUGCUACAAGCAGCACGGCCGUGAGGACUUGUUGUACGCUUUCGAGGACCAGCAAGUAACUCCAGUCACCACCACCCAGCACCACCUGACCGCGGCCCAGAGCAUAGCUCACCUGGUGCCGUCACAGACCGUCGUCCAGACCGUCAGCAACCCCGACGGAACCGUCUCGCUCAUCCAGGUCGGGACAGGACACACGGUUGCAACACUAGCAGACGCCUCAGAACUGCCCGGUGUGACAGUGGCACAGGUUAACUACUCGGCUGUGACUGAUGGGGAGGUGGACCAGAACUGGGCCACGCUCCAGGGCGGAGAGAUGACGAUCCAAACGACUCAGGCAUCAGAGGCGACGCAGGCUGUGGCCUCACUCGCUGAGGCUGCGGUCGCUGCCAGUCACGAGAUCCAGCCUGGAGCCACGGUCACCAUGGCUCUCAACAG